UUCUGUCGAUCUUCCACCAUGGAGUCAGUGCGCUUCACUGUAUUGACGCCUCGCAUUUAGACACUUCGCUUUGGGUUUGUGUGUUCCAAGAAUCAACAGUUUGAGCGACUUCAUCAUUUACACGAAAGGGGCAUCAGAAUGAACUGGGCGUUCCUCCAGGGCUUGCUGAGCGGAGUCAACCAGUACUCCACAGCGUUCGGCCGCGUCUGGCUCUCCAUCGUCUUCCUCUUCCGGGUCAUGGUGUACGUGGUGGCGGCCGAGCGGGUCUGGGGAGACGACCAGAAGGACUUCCAGUGCAACACGGCCCAGCCCGGCUGCCACAACGUCUGCUAUGACCACUUCUUCCCCGUCUCCCACAUCCGCCUGUGGGCUCUGCAGCUCAUCUUUGUCACCUGCCCCUCACUGCUCGUGGUCAUGCACGUGGCCUACAGGGAGGAGCGCGAGCGAAGGCACCGGGAGCGCAAUGGAGAGGACUGCGGCCGCCUGUACAUGGACACGGGUAAGAAGAGGGGCGGCCUCUGGUGGACCUACGUCUUUACCCUGGUCUUCAAGGCCGGGGUGGACUCCGCCUUCCUCUACGUCCUCUACUACAUUUACGAAGCUUACAACUUCCCGCGCCUCAUCAAGUGCAGCCAGAAGCCCUGCCCCAACGUGGUGGACUGCUUCAUAUCCAGGCCAACGGAGAAGAAGAUCUUCACCAUCUUCAUGGUGGUCACGUCCAUUCUCUGCAUCUUCCUCAACCUCUGCGAGCUCAUCUAUCUCCUGGGCAAGCGCUGUCAGGAGUGCGUGGUCUCCAACAACCGCCGACAUGAGCUGUUCGUGGCCUCCACCGCAGCCAACAACAACGAGAGCCACAGCAUUAUGGAAAAGUCUCUGAAGGUACCGCCCUAUGCCCCUCCCAACAAUAGGGUUUCCAAGUAGUGGUGGCAUUGCUGCUCUGCAUUAAAAAAAAAAAAAAAAGAAAGAAAUGCAAAAAGCUGUUGGUGCCACUCAGGUAUACUAGGGAGGAAGUGGACUUUGCAAGACUCCAGGAAGCUGCACUUGACCCAUCGCUGUGGAUUGCUCUUCUUGACCAGGUUGUUUCAUGCAAGGCAGUGGCUGUGGGUCAGUGCUAAAGCUGUACCUAAAACGAAUGGUUCUUAACAACGACUAAACCAUUCCAAAGCACACACGAUUGAGCAGUUACUUAACAAAUCUGAAAGCUGGGGCAAAAGCUGCACACCAUGGGAGAUAAUCACACUAAUUGAGCAUCCAUCUGUCUUAGGGUUAAAUGUAUCAGGACGUCAAGUAAACUAGGCCUUAAUCUGUGCGCUGUUGUUGGCUAGGGCUGUCCGCUCAUACCCACUGGCCUGGAGUAAGAGUUUCCUUCAGCCCCCCAGCGUCCCUAUGAGCUGCAUGUAAGACGUGACGGCUUCAUUGGCCAUUCAGGAGGUCCUCUGUGGCCUGUCCAGUGACCAUGAGGCACUUUUCCUAUGGUGCACCACUUUUCCUCCCAGCUUGUUACAUAAAGUCACAUUUCUUUUUUUUAGAUAAGGCUUCUGAAGGUGCUUAUCAUUUUCUGAACCAUUUCCAGGACGCAUCCCCAUGACAUCUCCCCAGCCACAUGGCAUAGCAGUGCGGGAACUGUCUCAGUAGGUUCAUUGGUAUCUCAGUGAUGAGACUAAUUCCUUAGUCUUUUUGGAGGGCCUUCUAAUCAAAUGCCAUUUUACUGCCUUGCUGAUAAUCAUGCACGUCACACCGCCUUUGUUCAAUGGAAAUGAAUCCGUGGUUAGCAGCUGUAAUAUGUAAACAAGCCUUUUUGGUAGAAUAUCUCACAUGCACUUAUACAUUUUGUUUACAGUCUGCUUUUAGGAAUUCAAAUGUUUUUGUGUACUUUUGAUAUUUAAAACUGCGGUCCAGUUUUACACAACAUUUUUUUUAACGGUUGAACAUUUCUUUCUUCUAUAUAGCAGUAUCUUUUUUUUUUCAAGGGUAUUUUUGCCUCUUUGUUUGAUACUAAAAAUUUAUUUUCAAGAAGAGUUUUUAGUGUCAAGCAGAUUACAGAACUGAGGAAUUCCAACCCUUCAUGUAAAUGCCACUGUCAACGGUGUUAGAUUAUCAAACUGUGUUAUCUUUUUUAUUUUUUAUUGAUGGGACAUUUUUGGUUCCAGUUUAAGUUUCUUGUACACUCUCCAGUUCUGUCUUUACAAAAU